AGGGAGGUGCUUGCGUGACAAGCUGAAUAUGGAGGUGCACAUGGGCUACGAUUAUGGGAUCGUCCAGUUAUCCGGAUCGCAGAUCGUGAAGAGAACAACUUAGUUAUCUAGCCCUGUUCGAGGGGAUGUUAUCCAAACGAAGACAGCCUCGAGGCUCUGUUCGACUUGCUUGGUCAAGGGGAAGUGACGAAAUGCUGCGGCCAUGGUGUGUGCGGGGUACAUCCGCUGAAUGCUUGAGCCCAGUACAGUGCUCGAACAAGCUGGACACAGUGCUUUUCCUUUGCCCCAGCCUGUUUAGCGCCUUACUGGUGGUAAGUGCACAGUGCGACACUGGUUUCAUGUCGUGGUAGCCCCUGAAAAUGGUCGCUGUCCGGGGAAAGCUGUUCCCCACAAUCUCCAACGAGCCAAUCCAAAUUGGAGUUGCAAGCUGUCAAAAAGGCCAUUGCUCGCCUGAGGGUCCCCUUGAGUCUCGCGAUACUCGUCCUCCGGCCAGCUCCCGUCCUGUCUCACCGCUGUACCGAGCUCAGGUUGUUGCUGCUUCUCUCCCCUACCUUCCCUUUCCCUUCAACACUGCCACGGCGGCUCCCGGGCAACUGCAUAGCUCGCCUUUUCUACAUCCGCGUCCACAAUCUCCGAAACAACGCUCCUUCGUCGCCAUGGCUUUCUUCGCCAACGUCAAAUCGGUCCUCAGCGGAGACACACUGGUCCUGACCAGCCCAAACAACCCUGCGGCGGAGCGGACACUCUCGCUUGCCUAUGUUGCCGCGCCCCGUCUAAGCAAGGACGGCGACGAGCCGUUUGCUUUCCAGUCCCGCGAGUUUUUGAGGACCCUGACAGUCGGAAAGCCAGUCAAGUGCAGCGUCUCCUACACUAUCCCCACCUCGGGUCGCGAAUACGGAAAGGCGGUCUUGCAGGACGGGACCGAGCUCCCGGAGGCGGCGGUCAGGGCUGGCUGGCUCAAGGUCAGAGAAGAUGCCGGCAGAAAGGAGGAGUCGGAGGAGGUGCUCGAGAAAAUCGACAACUUGCGGCGCUUGGAGGCCCAAGCCAAGGAAGAGGGCAAGGGUCUGCACGCCGGAACCGGCGGCGUCAUCGAGGUGCAAAACGAUCUCGGCGGGCCCGAGUUCAUGAACGAAUGGAAAGGCAAGACGGUGGAGGGAAUCAUUGAGCGCGUUUUCAGCGGCGACCGCCUCCUCGUGCGGCUGCUCCUUCAGGAGAAGAAGCAUUGGCAGGUCAUGACACUGCUGGCUGGUGUCCGCGCGCCCUCAACCGAGCGUGUCAACCAGUCGAACGGCCAGACGCAACCGGCAGAGGAAUACGGGAAUGAGGCCCGCGCCUUUGUCGAGCAGCGGCUUCUCCAGCGCGCCGUCCAGAUCAAGAUUGUCGGUGCCAGCGCCCAGGGCCAGCUCGUCGCCUCCGUCAUCCACCCUCGUGGCAACAUUGCCGAGUUCCUGCUCAAGGAAGGGCUCGCUCGCUGCAACGACUUCCACUCGACGAUGCUCGGGAGCGAUAUGGCCGCUCUCCGUGCCGCCGAGAAAGAAGCCCAAGCGGCCCGCCGUCGCCUGCACAAGGCUUACGUUGCUAAGGCCACCGACAGCAAGGAGGUCGAAGCGGUCGUCACCAAGAUCAUCGGCGCCGACACGAUCAUUGUCCGGAACAAGGCAGGGGCGGAGAAGAGGAUCAGCUUCAGCAGCGUCCGAGGCCCCCGUUCAGGAGAGGCGUCCGAGGCGCCCUUCAGGGACGAAGCGAAGGAGUUCCUCCGAAAGAAGCUGAUCGGCAAGCACGUCCGCGUCGCAGUCGACGGCACCAAGCCGGCCAGCGAGGAAUUCGAGGCCCGCGAGGUCGCUACGGUCACCCACGGCGGCAAGAACAUCGGCCUGCUGCUCGUCCAGGAGGGUUACUGCUCGGUCAUCCGGCACCGGAAGGACGACACGGACAGGGCGCCCAACUACGACGAGCUGCUGGCGGCUCAGGAGACGGCCAAGGAGGAGAAGAAGGGCAUGUGGUCCGGCAAGCCGCCCAAGGCGAAGCAGUUCGUGGACAUGUCGGAGAGCGUCCAGAAGGCCAAGAUCCAGCUGUCUACCCUUUCGAGGCAGCGGAAGGUCCCUGGUAUCGUGGACUUCUGCAAGUCUGGCUCCCGCUUCACUAUCCUGAUCCCUCGCGAGGGCGUCAAGCUCACGCUCGUGCUUGCCGGUAUCCGCGCUCCUCGGCCUGGUCGCACACCGCAGGAAAAAGGCGAGCCCUUUGGCCAAGAGGCUCUGGACUUGGCCAACCGCCGCUGCAACCAGAGGGACUGCGAGAUUGACGUGCACGACAUCGACAAGGUUGGCGGCUUCAUCGGCGACCUGUACGUGAACCGCGAGAGCUUCGCCAAGGUCCUGGUUGAGGAGGGGUUGGCCUCUGUGCACGAGUACUCGGCCGAGAAGUCGGGCAAUGCGACAGAGCUUUUGGCCGCGCAGAGGCGCGCAAAGGAGGGCAGGAAGGGCAUGUGGCACGACUGGGACCCGUCUCAGGAGGCGCAAGAGGACGGCGAGGCGGGUGCUGCUGAGUCCACGGCGGACGCUUCGGUCACGAUCGAGAAGAGGCCAGAGGACUACCGGGAUAUCAUGGUGACCAGCGUCGACUCGAAUGGGCGGGUCAAGGUCCAGGAGAUCGGCAAGGGCACGGCUGCGCUGGAGGCGCUGAUGGAGCAGUUCCGGCAGUUCCACCUGAACCCGACGAACAGCGCUCCGCUGAAGGAGGCGCCCAAGGCGGGAGACUACGUGGCCGCGCAGUUCUCGGAGGACGGCGAGUGGUACAGGGCGCGCAUCCGGUCCAACGACCGGGCCGCCAAGGUGGCCGAGGUGGUGUACAUCGACUACGGCAACUCGGAGAAGCAGCCGUGGUCGAAGCUACGGCCGCUCACCCAGCCGCAGUUCACGGUGCAGAAGCUCAAGGCGCAGGCGGUCGACACGCAGCUGUCGUUCGUGCAGCUGCCCACGUCGCAGGACUACCUCGACGACGCGAUCCACUACCUGCACGAGCUGACCGACGGCCGGCGGCUGGUCGGCUCCUUCGACUACGUCGACGCCAAGGAGGGCAUCAACUACGUCACCAUCUUCGACCCGGAGGCCGAGGGCGCCGACAAGGUGACCGAGUCCAUCAACCGCAAGAUGGUGCUCGAGGGCCACGCCAUGGUCGCGCGGAAGCUGAAGGCCUGGGAGCGCAGCAAGGUGUUCGAGCCCGUGCUCAAGAGCCUGCGCGAGGCCGAGGCCGAGGCCAAGGCCAAUCGUCGCGGUAUGUGGGAGUACGGCGAUAUCACGGAGGACUAAAUAAGUGAUUGAUUGAUUGAGAGGUCGGGGGAAGAGGAAGGCCCUUGCGUGCUGACUCUACACCUGUGGUUGUUGUUUGUAUUUCGCAUCA